UUUAUUCGUAAAAAAAAAAAAUAGGAAAAGAAAAAAAAAAUGGCACAAUUCAUUCUAUCAUCUUUUCGUGGUCAUUUAACAAAUAAUGCAACGAAAAUUUCAUUUAAAACAUCUUUAUUACGUCCAUUAUUAUUAAAUAAUAAUUUUUCAACAACCACACCAAAUAAUAAUUCUAUACAAAAUAUUACAGUUUAUGGUUCAGGACUUAUGGGAGCUGGGAUAGUUCAAGUAGCAGCACAAAAUGGGUUUAAAGUAACUAUGGUAGAUAUAGAACAAGCAUUUAUUGAAAAAGGAAAAAAGAUAAUUGAUGCAUCAUUAUCUAGAAUAGCAAAAAAACAGUUUAAAGAUGAUGAAAAUUCACAAAAAUCUUUUAUAGAAACUACUUGGUCAAAUAUUAAAACUGAAACUAAUAGUGAAAAAGGUGCAGAAAAUACUGAUUUAAUUAUUGAAGCUAUAGUAGAAAAUUUAGAAACAAAACAAAAUUUAUUUAAAAAAUUAGAUAAAAUAUCUAAACCUAAUACAAUUUUUGCUUCAAAUACAAGUAGUUUACCUAUAUCAGAAAUUUCUAAAAUAACUGAAAGGCAAGAUAAAUUUGCUGGUUUACAUUUUUUUAAUCCUGUACCUCAAAUGAAAUUGGUUGAAAUUAUUAAAAAUGAUCAAACUAGUGAAGAUACUUAUCAAAAAUUAGUUGAUGUUACAAAGAGAAUGAAAAAAACUCCAGUAACUUGUAAAGAUACUCCUGGGUAUGUAUCUGUCCGUCUUGCUGAACGUGGUGAGGCUACUACUGAAGAUAUUGAUACUGCCAUGAAAUUAGGUGCUGGAAUGCCAAUGGGUCCUUUUGAAUUAUCUGAUUUUGUAGGAUUAGAUACUCUUAAAUCUAUUGUGGAUGGAUGGCGUAAAGAUGGAAAAAUUGAUGCUGGCCUUGUCGCUCCCAUUAAAAAGUUGGAUGAUUUAGUCAAAGAAGGCAAACUUGGUAGAAAAAGUGGUGCAGGAUUUUACACAUAUUAGAUCAAUAUGAAAAAAUAUACACUAUUAUUAAUAUUAUAAAUAUUAUUGCUAAAAAAAAAAAAAAAAAUUUUUUUUGGAUAAAAUUAUGACAAUAAAACUCUUAUUAUUAACACAAUUUUAUUACUAUAUGUACAUUUUAAAGUGUUCUUAAUUAAAUAUUUAGUUUGUUUAUUGAAAAUUUUUA